GUCGAACCCAAAUCCAAAUUGAGUGCUCUCUCUCCCUCUCGGCUUAUCAUUUUGUCCAUCGGCGAACGCUCAGCGGUCGACCGGAGCUCCGGCGUUCCUGGUGUUGACGAGAGGAUCUUGAAGGGAGGCCUGCUUUGGAUUCUACAGCAAAGGAACAACCUCAUCGUGAUGCUAAGACCCACGUUCUCAUUCCUAAAGAUGCUGUCAAUUAUUCGUUUUUGCUUAUUGUACUUGCAAAUUGGGUAAUUUGUUCAAUUACUUGAAGGUUCUCUAUUCUAUUGUAUUUUCUUGGGCUGUUGCUUGCACUUUAUGAAUCUGAUACGUACAGUGGAAUCAUUGUCGGGGUCAGCUGGUCCAUCUCUAUGUCGAGAACAAUUUGGUUGUGUCCUGAAAUUACUUAAAAGCCUCUCGAUGUGAUCAUGAGAAUAAAAUGUGUCAGGCUCGGAUGUUCUUGAACUUUAGAUUUGCAAACUCCAAUUUGGUUUACAAUAAGAAUUAUUAGUCCAAAAAUCAUUGUGCUUCUUCGUUAGUACUUGUUUCUUAGUGAUUAGAGGGCCUAAACUAAGUUCUUUUGCCAAUUUGAUCAAGCAGAAAACUAAUAUGAUUUUUAAUUCAAAGAUGUUCUCUCACUUUUAUGUUUGUUUCUAAUGAUGCUUGUUGAAUUUUUUUUCCCUCUUCACGGUUUCUUAUGGAAAGCUGAAAGGAGAUCCCUACCAGAACUUAUUUCAAAAUUUGUGGGCUGAAGGGAAGAUUCCUACCAGAACCCAUUUCAAAAUAGUGGACAAAAUAGCACGAUUAUUGGGGAUUAGCUAUUGAGCGUGGAAGGUUGAGAUGAUGGAUUACCAGAAUAACUUGGACUUCUAUCUCACAAUGUCUAGAAAGGAGCUCCAAAAAUUGUGUAAACAGCAUGAUCUUCCUGCAAAUAGAAGCCAUGCUCAACUAGCCGACUCACUGGUAUCACUGUUUAAGAAAAGAAAUGCCAGUUCAGCAGCUUUGUUGGAGAAUUCAAUUAAUUCGAUGGAUGGAUCUUCUAGAAAAUCACUUGUAUCCGAACCAAAAGCUAAUUCUUCCAAGGUUGAUACACAUGGACUGUCUUCAGGUUUUAAUGAAAUUCGAGGUGAUGAACGACCAUUCUAUCAUACUGGUAAUCAAAUAGAUGUUAUUGACCACAUGGUCAAUCCAACUUCAGGAAAGACUGUUACAAAUGCUUUAUGUCCAUCAUGGCCUGCUAAUAGUAAUGGUACUGAAAGUAUUGGUUAUUCUACUUUUGAGCAUUGUAACAAGGGAGUAAAAAGCUGUGUUGCUGCUGAUAUGAAAGAGACUAGAACAACCCAAAUUCUUGGUCUGGAGUGCAAGAAAACGAAUAUUAGAAGUGAAUUUGAAAAUUUGGUGAGACCAAGAAAUGAAGAGCAGAAACAGAUCCAUGAUGCUAUUAGAGACACUAAAACUCGUAAUACAGUUCCUAUGCCAUGUGAACUUUAUAAACUUCAUGAAUACUCCAUGGAAAGUGGGUUUGUAUCUUCUGAUGAAAUUUCUACAAGAACCCCUACCCUUCAAUUCUUUGUGAUGUCAGAAGGGGGAAUUAAUUUAUAUGUUGAUUUAAAUUCUGGUCCAUUAGGAUGGAUCAAUAGCAUGAAGGACGAAAUGUGUGUCCAUCAGAAUGCAAAACAUGAGACACGGACUCUGUCGAAAGAUAUCAGUGAUUCUCCAGAAGUUGACAAUCAUAUUAAAAUAUUGCCAAUUGAUGACACUGGGAUGGACCUUCAAGGCAUUGAAGUUGAGCAGAACACUGGCUGUACUAAUUCAUCCUCAAGUUCAGUUGUCAGUGAAAAUUGUAAUUCUGAGGCAUAUCCACCCAAUACAACUGUAGUGACAUCUGGAUUUUCUAUUUUGACAUCAGGCAGUGUUCCUGUUUGUUUAUCAGUAUGUUUGGAGGAGAAUCAAGUGGUUUCAUCUUCCUGUGCAGCUUACUCUGCACAAAACCACCUGGCGUUUGAUACUGCACCUUGCGCCCGAGAAGGGAUGUUGUUAACUCAAGACUCUUUUGAUGCUUCCUUUACGAUGCUUAAGGGCAAUGCAUCGCCACCUAAUGCUUCUAUGAGAUCUAUUACUAACGAGGAUGAUGGUGGCAUUUAUCCUGUGACAAAUGAUGGCUCCACUCCUAAGACUGCAUGUGUCGAUUUUGUUGAUGUUGAAGUUAAGGCUUUAUGCAACACACUGAAUGAUGUUCCCGAUAAAAAUAACCUUCCUAUGUUUAAGGAUAUGCAAGAUAGUGUGGACACUUACCAUUCUGGUCAUCUUAGAAAUCAUACUGGAACUUGUGAAGGCUCAUUUAUAUGUUGCACGAAUGAGCUGCCAGAUAAUGUGUGUUCACAUGGAGGGCUGUCAAAUUAUUGUCAACUUACUGGACAGAGGUUACUAGAUGGUCCAAUGGCUGAUGCACAAUCAGAGAUGAGAGCAGCAAAUGGUCUUUUCUAUCAGCAAGCAUGUAGUAAUUAUGGAACCUUGGUUCCCAAGGAACCAAUGCCGGUGUUUCAAGAUGAAUCGAUUACCAGAUAUACUAUGCCUUGUGAUGCAGGGCCAGAGCACUCCAGUGAAGGGAAAGGAAACCUUAAGAAUGCUCUAGAGUCCGGGCCUCCUCAGACAAUACUUCCAAGAGACCUAACAGCAUAGAGUUGCCCGAGGAACUCCAUGUUAAGAGGCAGCAUUUCAUGUUAUAAAUGACACUAUUAUGGAUUAAAAAAGAAUCAGAAGUUCAGCAAAGGAAACUAUGUACGAUGUCGUUAUACAUAGGUGUUCCACAUGGCUGGUUCCUAAGAUUAUAAAUAUACUGACAGGAGAAGCUACUGCUUAACCAGGCAAGGAAACCAAGGAGGUGUAAGUUUCAGGACCUGUUUUACAACAGAAAAUCUUCAAACUUAAACUUUUUACCUAUUAUUAGUCCUCUCUCGCAUGGCUUAUUGACCCUUGGGAUUCCAUAUCACAUAAUACAUCAAACUAUGCCUAUGUUUUCAAUGGCAGAGAUAGUUGAGGUGAGAUAACAUCUUGAUGAUAAAGGGGUUUGAACAUAACCUUGGCAUGCAUGUUACUGCAUUGUUAUAUGCAUUUGUCGAAGGUGAAUGAACUUAAUGUACAUGGCAAGGAGGUUGGACCUCACUCUGUCAUCCAUAUAAUCUAAUUCUAGUGCCCUUGUUUAGGGAUAGAGAUGUUUGAGAUAUAUCUCUGUGCUAAAGAUCUGAGUACUUUGCAUAAUUAGAUAAACAUAUAUGUAUGCUAUAUAUUUAGUUUUUAAUAAUAGAACUAUUAUUUUUCUUAAUUACAGGGAUAUGAGUUAAAUGUCCAGCAUAAGAAUACUAAUUUGGGGCAUUCCUGUGGGAUAUUAAGCUUUUAUCAUGGCAGUCUUAGUGUCAACAAAACCUGAACAAAAUCUGACCUUGUUUUAUGAUAAGAAUGCCAAAAUUAAUCCAUUUAGCUAUGGGGUCAGCUUUGCAUCUUGAACUUGUAUGCAUUAUCUUAUAGUAUUCGGGUUUGAAUCUGAAAAUAUGUAUCCAUGAUUGAAGUCUAAUAAUUAGAUCCAACAAGAUAUUAUUGCUUAUCAUGUUAUCAAACACAUUAUUGCUAUAGUUGUUGAUUGGUGGAUCAUUUGAGUCAAAACAUGGAUGGUGGUUGAGCCCAAGGUUUGAUCAUGUGACACUGUUUACAAUCAUGUUUAGUUAAUUUAAUUUAGGUAUGUGUACUAUUAGUCUUUUAUACUGAUUGGAAAAUUUUUGGCUCAAAAUUUAUGUUCUUGUUGCCAGGCCAUUGAGUUGCUAUAUUACUGCUGGAUACAUUGGAAAAAAAAAGUUUACAUGGCAAUAAAUUGUGUUGUCUGUGCUCUCCUUGAUUGUGUAUGGUUAUCAGAAGCUAAAUCCAUUAUAUUUUUGUCGUAACUUCAUAUGAACUACUAGUUUCCCCUAACCUCAAUCUUGAAACAUGCUACUUGGUUGCAAGCUCUGGCUUAUGAUAAACUUUGAAAAUGAUUUAACAGCUAAUUUCUAGGCAGAUUACUUUUUAUAUUGCCAACUCUGACUUAUCGAAGUUUGAAAUUGAUGUAACAGCUAACUUCUAGGAGAUGAGCAUUAUAUUUCACCUGCAUUUACAGGCACGGAGUGAAUCCAUUUUACGCACUUGAUGAUCCCCAAAAGCAUCUCGUUGGCAUCAUCCAAGCCUAUAUGAUCGUCACACCUCGCCAAACUAAUGCCUCAUCAUUGAUCGGCUACCAGCUGCACUCGAAGCCAGGGGGAGGUUGGAAAAGAAAAACGCAAGUGGAUCCUUCUAGAGAAACAAAUGAGCAAUAGUUUGAUUGGAUUGACCUGGCUGAGUUGUAUGGAUUAGAAUAUUGGACUGCCAAUUAAUGGUCGCAACUGCAGUUCUAGCAUCAACAUCAUAAGAUAAAGAAAUGGAGUGGACUAAAAGAAAGGCCCACAUGUCACAUUUUCCAAGGACAGGAGUUGGGGAGUCGGGUACUCAUGAGAAGAACAAUUCAUAUGGAUUGCUGAAUCUUCUGUUUCUCCUGAGCCACAUGAUCAUUUAAGAACAGGAAAUCUUUUCUUUCUUCUUCUUCUUCUUUGUCCUUUAUCUGUUAAAAGUCUUGUAGAUCCAAUUGUUGUGGUUGUGACAGAGAAAAAAGAAAAAAGAAAAAAAUUAUGGUUUCUGGUU